AUGACGGUGGAGCAGCAUUGGCUGGGAGUAAUUCAGAAGGCACUGGGGCCUGUCAUUGAGCUUGAUGAAGCAGAGCCAACAGCCUUUAUGCUUGGCUUUGGAAAUGACUAUAUUAGUCCUCAAGUACCGGCAUAUUCACAUACUGAAAAGAAGGGUUCAACUGGCCAGAUGAAAGUGGAUGAAGCUGACCAGCUGUUGUUACAAGGAGGCUUAGAUAAUGCAGACACUGGAGAAGACCGUGUAGAAGAAACUAAAGAUGCUGCACAAGCAAUGUUGACACCACAGAGUUUAUCAGCAAGUGCUGAUGAAUUUUAUACUGGUGUACAUUCUCAGUUUCACAUUCCUGAAGAGGUGCAAGCAAAGUUGGCUAAAUUUCCAGAUCUGACGACCAAUCUAUUAGAUCUCCAGGCCCAAAGUCUUUCUCUGAAUACAAGUCCCUUUAAAAAGAAUUUCAUAAACACUUGUCAGUUUGUUCAGCUGAUGGAAUUAUUUGUGGGAGGUACUACUGAGUCCUUACCUCGAGAAAACCUGAUAAAAUUUAUUCAGGAAAGUUACAAAGAGACCAAAGAGGAAAAAUUUAAAAAGUUAGCUCAGUUUAUCUUUCCAUGUAAUUGGAUAUCUGGCCAUCAUGUAAUGUGUUGGAUUUGGCUUCUGCUCAACCAUGGAACUGGAAGGUCGGCGGGAAAGACACGUUGGCAGAAGGAUUUCUCUUUCUUAAACCGUGCCUUUAAUGACUGGUUCUGUUUCCAGGCAAAUCAUGAAAUACGACAGAAGGCACAUACGAUAAUCCUCAGUGCGCUGUUUGAGAAAUGGGAUAAUGAUGUCUCAGGGUACAUCAACCUGAGAGAACUAGCUGAAGUCAUAACCAAAUACAAAGAUGGAGCUGAGAAGAAAUCCUUAAAAAAUGCACAUCACAGACUGAAACUCCACCACAAGUACCAUUCAGACAAUCCCACUCUGACAAAGUCAGAGUUCACUGUAUACAUUGAAACAAUUGUGGAUGAAAUGUCUGGCAAGGAAGUUGACUUUGAUGGGCUGGUUACGUUUCUCACAGUCAGAAGUGAACAGAAUUGUGUGGGACGAGCACGGCAUAGAGCCAGGAGAAAGUGGUUCUCUGACAUCAAACGAGCAGCAGAGACCUCUGACUCCAGUAUGGAAGCUGUUUUUAAAACUGUUUUCCAAGCCCUUUUUAAGGAUUCAGAAGCACACGGCGACAACAAGAAAGUAAGUUCUUCCAUUGCCCUGUUGAGGCGUAAUUUCCACAGGCCGGAGAGGGGUGAAUAUUUCUUGCACUACGUGGCUUGCACUUUGGAAGAUGCACCAUAUGUCUUGAAUCAGGCACUCUACAGAGACAUGGGAGUAAGCUUUACUGCAGUUGAUGAAGGGAAACCACUGUACAUCUACAGAGUCCAGGACCAUGGCAAGGUUCAUUUUUGGAACUGUCAUCGGGAGACAACAGAAGGAUCAUUCCUGGUGGUCCCAGUGAAAGACCAGCACAACAGAGUGUUCGGAGUCCUGGGUACUGACACAUUGAGGGAUGAAUGUGGGAAGGUUUUCGCCUCUCAUGAGAUCAAUUUUCAUCAGGGUGUUGCAAAGGCAUUUAGUGUUGCCUAUCACCAUGUUCAAGUUCGGGAUAGUGUCCUCAAAGCUGUGAACUCUGGUAUGAUGUGGCUUUUUAACAUCACGCCAAACAUCGAGACUGGUAUCACAUAUCUAACUGAACCUACAACUGUAAAGGAGUAUGUUUUAUGCAAGACAAUGACCUCUGAGAACGACCCUAUCGCACCAUGGUCAGAUGUGCAUGCACCUUCAAUAAUUCUGAACAGGAAGGACAACUAUUUCAGAAAUUACCUCUUCAGAUGUGCUGAUACCUCACUAGUGGUCUUACCCAAAGUAUCUGAAAGAAGUCACAUUUGUGUUCCACUGAGAGACGCCGAAGGUAGAACUCUGGCGAUACUUGACAUUGAUCUGGGGCUGAAACAUGAACUCCUGGCCCACGAAUACAGGAGCAUGCUGAAGAUGCUACAUAUCCUUUACCAAGCCUGUGCCAUAAUUGUAACAGAAGCUACUAGGCUAUCAGGAACUUCACCAGAAGAUUCUGAUCAUGAAUACAAAAGCUCUCACGAGUUACUGUUUCACCAAUUACUGCUUCAAGAUAUGAGUGAAAAUCUCAGUCGUCUGAAUGAGAAGGAACUUGAAAAGCUCAAGAGCUCCGGUGUUCCUCCACCAAUGGUGCAUAAGAUUUUUAAAAUUGUGUUCCAUCUUGUGAAACCAAAUAAUAAUGUGGAAGCCCUCACCUGGAGCAAGUUCAAAGAGGAGAUGAAUCGUGGUUUGAUUCAACUAAUCUGCUCCUUUAAUCCCAUUAAAACAGUUGGUAAAAUAAAAACCAACCUACUGGAAGAGUACUUUAAAGAUAUCAGACCUGACCAAGUGUGGAAAUCUGGCUCCCUCGCUCUCUAUUAUCUGUAUCACUGGGCAUAUGCCUGCUUCACACUGAUAAACCUUAAUUCAAGUUCUGGACACUUCUACAAACCUCCAUCCGUUUGUCAUCUGCCUUCAGUGUGAGAGAAGUUCACUUGAUGAUACACAGUCUGGGAGAAAAAUUAUUCCCAGUGAAUACCUUAAAACUCUAAUGUUCCAUUUGAAAUUUGAAAUUUAAAUAAAUACUGGGUUGAUUCAUUAAUAAUGUUUGUAAACACUGGCUAAAAACUGGUGAGUGAUGUGCAUGUAAUGAAUAUUGAAACUCAUCAAUGUUCCGAACUGCAGAGGUGAAAUUAAUGGAAUGGUUUUAUUUGGAACUAUCACCCUGUAAUUAAAAUGAA